GGUAAGCUAGCCACAAUUUAGCUUCCUUGCCCACAUAGAGAUUUAGCAAUUUAACCAAACACGAGUGUGAGAUAUGCAGAGUGUAUCACUCAAGCGGACCUGUUCCCACUGAAAUAUAACUAGACUACUACAAAGGGUCGUUUCUUCACACGCCAGGGCUUUUCCUCUUUCUCUUUUGCAGGAGAAAAACAUGUCGGGGGUCAAAAGGAAAAUAGAGGACGGUGAUCCUGACUAUGAGGAUAUUUCAUUAAUCCAAAAUAGUAAGCGAAACAAAGCAGCAGAAUUAAGUGCCCGACAUGCAACAGUACAGAAGAUAGAAGCCAUCAUUACUGAGCAGUUCUCUUUGGAGAUAAAGAACAAAGAACAUGAGAUAGAUAUUAUCAGUCAGCGACUCAAUGAAGCCAGAAGGAUGAUGGACAAAUUGCGAGCAUGCAUUGUGGCCAAUUACUAUGCAAAUGCUGGGCUGACAAAACUCCAGGAGCCCUCCAAGAGUGACCCCGCGGUGUUGAACCAUCCAGCUAUCCGACGAUUCCUAGAAUCGCCGUCGCGUUCCUCCUCCCCUCUCAACCAGGGCUCGGAGACGCCUUCCCUGGCCCAGUCGGAGUCCGAGUCCCUGUCGCAGCAUGGAGAUGGCACUGACAAGGAUGUUGAGGGGGCAUGGCGGGAGGAGAGCAGCAGUAGGCAGGAACGAAGACCUGGACGCAACACUGGCAAGGACACAUUUGGUGUUCCUGUGGCCAUGGGAAAUGAGCAGAGGGUGAUCUACCACACCACAGGAGACGAGGCAUCCCGACUCUAUGCAAAAAAGACAAUCGUUGUGGGCAAUGUGUCUAAGUACAUCCCUCCAGAUAAGCGUGAAGAGAAUGACCAGUCGACUCAUAAGUGGAUGGUGUACGUCAGGGGCUCCCGAAAGGAGCCCACUAUUGACCACUUUGUCAAGAAAGUUUGGUUCUUCUUGCACCCCAGCUACAAACCUAACGACCUGGUCGAAGUCAGUGAGCCUCCCUUUCAUUUAACUCGUCGUGGGUGGGGGGAGUUUCCUGUAAGGAUCCAGAUUCAUUUCAAAGACCCUCGCAACAAACGUAUUGACAUCAUCCAUCAGCUGAAGCUUGACAGAACAUACACUGGGCUGCAAACACUGGGGGCUGAGACUGUGGUGGAUGUAGAGCUCCAUCGGAAUUCUCUUUGUGAGGAUUACGUCUUGCAGCCAUCUUCCUCCAAGGUGACACACAGAGCCAACAGCCCGAUGGCAGUCAUGUCGGCGCCUCAGACUUGCGGACGCUCCAGUUCGCCCAGCUUGUAUAAUUCCAAUUUAGAGAAAGGUUUAGUCAAAGCAGAGAGGUCUGCAGGAUGUCAUAGCGCAGGCCUCACUGCAGGUGAACGCACGCCGACGCGACCUAAAGCUAGUGACAGGAUCACUCUGGGUUCCCAUGGAAACUCUGCCUUCCAGCCCAUCACAGGAAGCUGCAAAAUUGUUCCUCAAGGGCAGCCACCAAGCCCUGCUGAGUCUCCUGGGAAGUCGUUCCAACCUAUAACGAUGAGCUGCAAAAUUGUCUCAGGUUCUCCGAUCUCCACGCCAAGCCACUCACCGCUGCCUCGCACACCUACCACAUCCACGCCUGUCCACAGCAAACAGAGCUCGUCUUCGGUGCUCAACAACCCUUAUGUCAUCGUUGACAAGCCGGGCCAAGUGACUGGCGUGGCAUCCUCGUUUACCGCCUCCGCAGGAAGCCCCUCAGCCAAACAGUCUGCUGCUCAGGGAUGUCGCUCACCAGCCCCUAAAAUUCACACUGGUACCUUCCUCUCAUCGGGAAUGAAAGUUAUCAUCAAGCAAGAGCCAGGAGAAGUUUCAACGCAGCAGCAGCAACAGAUGGCUUCUACAGUAACCACGCAACAGCAACCAGCUGCUACAGCGGCACAUCAAUUUGUCCCAGUCAAAGGAGGGCACAUGAUCUCCAUGUCGGCCCAGAAACAGGCGGGCGGAGCCUCAGGGGCCACGAGUAGCAAGAUGUUAGGCAUUCCAGUUAGUUCAACGCUCCAGUCUGCAGUGAAACAAGUGGCCAUCAGCAGCGGGCAAAUUUUGGUCGCCAAGGGCAACCCUUCUGUCUCCAAGGUGGUGGGUGGGAAGCAGGUUUUGGCUCAGGGAGUGACAAAAGCCAUUGUCAGUGGAUCCAGUGGCAUCCCUGGUCAGCAGGCUGCAGCCAAGGCAAGCGGCGGUUUAAGUGGCAAGACUGGAGUGAUGGCUACACUUCAGCUGCCUGCAAACAACCUGGCUAAUCUGGCCAAUUUGCCUCCGGGCACCAAGCUCUACUUGACCACCAACAGCAAGAACCCCUCAGGGAAGGGCAAGCUGCUGCUCAUCCCACAGGGAGCCAUCCUCCGAGCCUCUAGUUCAGGUCAACAGUCUCAGAGCAGCUCGUCAGCGGGUGCUGGGGGCUCUCAGACAUCCUCCUCUUCCUUAUCUGGCAGUUUGCCCUCCAACCUCUCCUACACAUCCUACAUCCUUAAACAGACUCCGCAGGGCACGUUUCUUGUGGGCCAGCCAUCACAGGGCUCGGGGAAGCAGGGGAGCUCUGGUGUGGCAGCACAUGCCACGUCAUCUCCAGCAACCGCUCCUCAGCAGGCCAUCCGUGUCACAGCGGGUCAGAAGGCGGCCAUUUUGGCUCAGGUGGGGGGCGGCUCCCAGAGUGCACAAGUGAAGUUGUCUGACGGCUCUGUUAAGACGGUGACUGCGGCAGGCCAAUUGUCCAAGCCGGGGAUGACCACAUUGAGGAUGACAGGCGGAGUCAUCACGGCUGCUAGCUCCACCGCCAGCUCUGUCAGUGCUGCAGCUGCCAUCCAGCAACAACAGGCUGUUGAUGGUGGAAAGUCUGCCUCCCAGCACCACUCUGUCCUAGUUGCAGCCAAUCAAGCGGCCGUGAUCAGUGCUGCUAAGAGUGCCAGCGCUGCCGGUGGAGCAAGUGGCGGUGCCAUGUCAAAGACCGCUGUGGCCACCUUGGUCAAAGGUGCUGCUACUUCUUCUGCCAAAAGUGUUGUUGGUUCACCGGGUGCUGCGGUAACUGUCGCCAAAGGCAUCACCACCAUGCCUGUGGUCGGCACAGCCAAGGGUGCAAGUAUGGGCUCUGUUGCCGGUGUAUCCAAGAGCAGUAGUACGUCGCUCGUCAGCGGCUUAGCAGCAGGAGGAAAGACUGGUGCAACGCUAUCAGGCAUGCUAAAAAUCCACUCUGGAGGUUCCAACUCACAGCAGACAGUCUUGACCAUCCCAGCUAACCAGCUCAAGCAGCUGGGGGUGGCCAGUGGCUCUGGUGGGCUGCAGACCAUACUCAUGCCUGUGGGCAAAGUGGUGUCUAAAGGCUCCUGUUGUCAUUCCUUACCCACCACAACUACUCACCCUGGAGCAGCGGGAGUCUCCCCAAGUUCUUUGAGCCACGCCUCCCCCUCUCUUGCCCUGCCUCUGGCACAAGUGAAGACGGAGCCAUGUGCCGGCACAGCUGUCACAGCUGGUCCCUCACCCCCGGCAACUGCCCCCCUCCACAUUACCUCUGCAGCUACCAUGGUCAAGCAGGAACAAGGCGCUGAUCAUCCUACGCAUGACCUCAUCAACACGGAGCACAUAGAGACCAUGAUGCAGCUGCUGACAGCUGUGGUGAAGAAGUUCCCUCUCAUUGUGCCAGAUAAGUCUGAAGACUCCUAUCCAUUCUGUGCCUCUUCAACAGAACAGUAUUAUUCCUGGAAUAUUGGAAAGCGCAGGGCAUCAGAGCUUCAACGAGCGGUAGCGGUCAAGCGGGCCAUCCAGAACGUGUUGGAUCACUCGCCUCGCCUCCAGGCUCUGACGCCCCCAAAGACCAGAGAGGUGGUGCAGUGGUGUCGGCAGAGGGGCUACACCCCGCCUGACCCCGAACCACAACGCAAGAAUGACGACGAGUCCAUCGAGGACAUCCUCACCCAGAUUGACAGUGAGCCUGAGUGCCCCUCCACCCUGAGUAGCUGUGAAGAGCUGAUGCUACGGCUGGAGCAGAUGCAAGCUCUGCUCAAGACGGAACCGGAGGAGGCAGACAAUGAAAUAGUGGAUAUUGUCACCGUGAUGCCGCCGUGCCAGAAACUAAAGGUUAAGGAGGAGGAGCAAGAGGCCGAUACGGAGCCCAAGUUCUUUCUGGGGCCUUGCGUGUCAGCCCAGUUUGUCAGUGAAGCAACGCAGCAGAUUGGGAUCACCUUCCAGCCAGUGGAGGUGGAGAAGAAUGUUUUUGCUCCGGUGAUUGAAGCCAUGAUUCUGAAGGCAACGGAGCAGUUGGCCAGUGACAUCCUAAGAGAAGCUCUGGCUGGAGCCUUCGCCAAAUCCCCUCAGAACAGGGCUCCAAGAGAGAUCACAGCCAUGAACAUCCACCAAGCCAUAUGUAGCAUCCCCACCUGUGACUUCCUCACCAACUCACACAUGGGUUUCCUGGCCAAGGACAACUGAAGAAACUCCACAUUCCCACCAGAAGGUCCUGUCAUGAACUUGUUUGCUGAAGGGCUGCUGCUCCUAGUACUGUUUGGACAGUAGCACUCUUGCUUACCUCAUCACCCUAUUUUUUAUUUUUAUUUUUUUUUUACAGUGAAGUGUUUCCUGUCACACAGCCUGCUAGUUCAUCACCAUAAACUGACAACACACUA